GUUUUUCUCUCUUGGACGUACGUCUUCCAUUCAAAAGAGCCCAAGGACUGAAUUCAAGUUGCCAACCUUCCAGGAAAAACAAACAAACAAACAAACAAACAAUGAGCGAGCAAGAGGCCAACAAUGAUGGGGUUGAAACCAUUCAAGUAGUGAGCGACAAAAAGUCUGGUGCAUCAUCAUUGAUGCCGCUCUCUACCACAUCCGCCACAUCGGCCGCCAAAACCCUCACCAAGGCUGCGGCAAGUUCUGCGACACUCACCAAGGCUGCCACGGGCGCCGCUGCCACAGGUGCCGUGACACUGACCAAGGCUGCCACAAGUGCCGCGACGGAUGCUGCCACUAUCAACUACAAACUUCGUGAAAUGCAAGAUGGUGCCGUGCCUCGCAUGAUGCAUUUUGCAGACAAGGGCGGUGGCGACGGAUCCUUGCUCAUUGAAAACGCCGCCGAACAAAAGGCGAGCUUGGAGGAACUGGAAGCACGCGUGCGCCAGGGAGUCCCCAAUGAGUUUGUCACUUCCAUCCUGUCCAUUUGGGCAUCCUUCAAGGUCCUCUUUAUCUAUCUGGUGACGAUUGAAACCUACAUUGCGCUCGCUGGAUCGAUAGGAAUGACUUGCUACUGGUACUUCACCCACAAAGACAACACCACGUGGGAUGGAGGGGGCCUUUCGUGGGUGCUCGUCGGCUUUGCCGUUGUCUUGCCCAUGUCCAACCUCGUCAAAAUGGGAUUUGGUCGCCGCGAAGAAGCACUCAAGAUACUCGCCAGUCUUCGGUCCUGUCAAACCAUGCUCUACCAUGCCCAUGCACUCUGGGAUUGGGACAAGGGGCGCGGUCGCGCCAAUGCCGAUCUCGACAUUUUGGCACAUUGCGACGAGCUGCUCGAUACCAUGUAUGUGGGAGGAGAAGCGCUGGUCCGCUUCUUGACGCUCCCCACUUCCACACUGACGAGGCAUCAAGUCACGUAUCAUGGACAACAGGAAGCGCAUCGAACCUUGGACGUGGCCGUACAACUGUACGAUGUCUUUGCCAGUCGACAAAUGGUCAAAUACACCAAGCUCGCGGAACGAAUCAAGCGAGCUGGAUUGUCAGGGAGUGAAUUGUCGCGGGUGGAAGGCUUUCAUCGCACCACCCAAGAAAUGUUGGAAAAGUUGCGCUUUCUCAAAAUGUACCGGACUCCCCAAGCUCUGCGAUCCUUUGCGAGGGUCUUUACCAUUUGCCUUCCUGCCUUUUACGCUUCCACAUUUGCCCAGCUCGCUAUUGAAAUCCAGUCCUUGGGAAUGGGCAUUGCCAUGGCCGUCAUUACCACCCUUUGUCUCACAUCCCUCUAUGAAUCCAUUCUGGUCAUGGAAGACCCAUUUGUGGCGUUUCUCGUCUUGGAUGGCAUUUCCAUCCAUGAGGAACUCAUGCUUCAUAACCAGCAGGUAUUGACAGCCAGGGAAGAGAUCUUUCCAGAUGCAGCUCCCUACAAGAUUCCCAAUAGUAGUAGUAGUAGUGCAGCAGCAGAAACCGACAACAGCUUUGCAGACGAACAACCAGGCAAGAUGAAAGGAGAGCAAAGUGGUAUUCCGCAGCGUCGUCAAUCAGCAGGUAUGCGUGGAAGUCUACUCUUCAAGACCAAUGGAUCCUAGUAGUCUAGUAGAAUGCCAAAGUAUAGUAUAGGUGAGCGAGCAGACGCAGAGAGCAAGCAAGCACCGGCGGGCAAGACAACGAAAGCAACGACGACAGCACAGAGCACAGCACAUCACGACACGCAGUAUGACUUUUAGUAACUAAUGCAUCUACCGCAGCUAGUAGCAACCAUGCUCCUG